CUUGUCCUGAGCGCGGAGAGGGCGAGCUCGGGCUGCGGGCAGGGCGGGAGCUAGCAGCCAGCAACCAAGAGAGGCAGAGAGGCACAGAGAUCGCAGUAAUAUCCAUUAUAACCAGCCAUCUAACCCCACUCCCCAACACACACCCAUCCAUCCCACCCUCCAGGAGAGGCAGCCAGCGGCCCCGCUCUCUGCGUCCACGGAAAAACCCCCAGCCAUGAGCAAUCAGUACCAGGAGGAGGGCUGCUCCGAGAGGCCCGAGUGCAAAAGUAAAUCUCCAACUUUGCUCUCCUCCUACUGCAUCGACAGCAUCCUGGGCCGAAGGAGCCCGUGCAAGAUGCGGCUGUUGGGAGCCGCGCAGAGCUUGCCCGCCCCACUGGCCAGCCGCGCGGACCAGGAAAAGGCCAUGCAAGGUAAGGUUGCGCCCGCCAGGCACCUGCAAAGAGCGCUGGGCACUGGUUUGGAUGGCCCGGGGGGCGCCGCGCACCCGGACGAGCGCCUCGGAGCGGCCAGCGGCCCGGGUGGCGCCCCGGCGGCGGGCGGCGGUACGGGCGCCGAGGACGACGAGGAGGAGCUGCUGGAGGAUGAAGAGGACGAAGACGAGGAAGAAGAGCUGUUGGAGGACGACGAGGAGGAGCUGCUGGAGGACGACGCCCGCGCGCUGCUCAAGGAGCCCCGGCGCUGCGCCGUGGCCGCCACUGGCGCGGUGGCCGCUGCCGCCGCCGCUGCUGUGGCCACUGAGGGCGGGGAGCUAUCGCCUAAGGAGGAGCUCCUGCUGCACCCAGAGGACGCUGAGGGCAAGGACGGCGAGGACAGCGUGUGCCUGUCCGCGGGCAGCGACUCGGAGGAGGGGCUGCUGAAGCGCAAACAGCGGCGCUACCGCACCACGUUCACCAGCUACCAGCUGGAGGAACUGGAGCGGGCCUUCCAAAAGACGCACUACCCAGACGUCUUCACCAGGGAGGAACUGGCCAUGAGGCUGGAUUUGACUGAGGCCCGAGUCCAGGUCUGGUUCCAGAACCGUCGGGCCAAGUGGCGCAAGCGGGAGAAAGCGGGCGCGCAGACCCAUCCUCCGGGGCUGCCCUUCCCCGGGCCUCUCUCGGCCACCCACCCGCUGAGCCCCUACCUGGACGCCAGCCCCUUUCCUCCGCACCACCCAGCGCUCGACUCGGCCUGGACGGCCGCCGCCGCCGCCGCCGCCGCCGCCUUCCCGAGCCUACCUCCGCCUCCGGGCUCGGCCAGCCUGCCGCCCAGCGGGGCGCCGCUGGGCCUGAGCACUUUCCUCGGAGCCGCUGUGUUCCGACACCCGGCCUUCAUCAGCCCUGCGUUCGGCAGGCUCUUUUCCACCAUGGCCCCCCUGACCAGCGCGUCGACCGCGGCCGCGCUCCUGAGACAGCCCACGCCGGCCGUGGAGGGCGCGGUGGCGUCGGGCGCGCUGGCCGACCCGGCCACCGCGGCCGCAGACAGACGCGCCUCUAGCAUAGCGGCGCUGAGGCUCAAGGCCAAGGAGCACGCCGCGCAGCUCACGCAGCUCAACAUCCUGCCGGGCACCAGCACGGGCAAGGAGGUGUGCUAAAGGCUGCCCUCCACCCUGGCGCCCCGGGCGCACCCCGAAAGGUCACCUCACUCAGCACCACUCAAGACCAAAUGGAAACAGAGGACCAGCACACUCCCGAGACGGCACUGAGAGAGCGCAGCCGCCUUCGCAGCAGCCUGGAUGCGGGCAAGGCAGCCCCUGGCGCUACCGGACGUGGCACCUCCUCGGCUGGCUGUCCACCCGCCCCUGCCCCUGCCCCUGCCCCCGCCACUGCCAAUCUCGCUCCCACUCGAACGUCCGUUCUCUCCCGUUCUUACUUCGCUGAAAAUAUCAUAUCGGGGAGGUUUUCUCUCCAAGACGCCUGGUAUUGAAGUUAAAAAAUUUAAAAACCCAACCUCUCUUCCUCCUGGCACCCCACUUAGCUUUUUUUUUUUUUAAACAGCAUUUUGGCGCUCUAAGUUGAUCUCCCCAGCGUUGGCCCCGGUGUGAAGCCAGGGCCAGGGAAGCGAAUGCCAAUCUGUAAGAUAGCUAACAGUGCACUUAACAGAAAGGGGCGUCUUGUUCUUGUUCUCUUCUUUAUCAUACACCAACCAAGGUUUUUAUAUCAAACCAAAGGGAAAUACUCUGCUAGAAUAUGGACUGUUGAAGUCACCAAACUGUGAUUAUUGAUUCUGUACAUACCAUUGUUAUUAAAAAAAAAGAACAGAGCUUUGUAUAUUUGAAAUGUUAUAACGCAAUUGCACUCAGCGUGGUAUGGUAAAAGUUUGUCCUCUUGUAGAUUCUUACUGUGUUGUAGAUAUGGUAGGGUUCCUAGACAAAUAUUUAUGUACUCAAGCCCUUUAUUUAACUUAUUAACUGUAGAGGCUUCUGAAACCUUCAAGAUAAAGGCAAUGGUACAGUA